CCUGGAAAAUUCUUUUUUGGAAGUAACAUCAAGGCAGUUAUUCGUGAACGAGAACAAAUAAGAUGUGUCAUUCUGGAUGUAGGCGGGGAAAGAUUUAUAGCGCAGAGAAACUGUCUUUUAAGAUACCCAACAACAAGACUGGGAAAAUUAAUGAGAGCUUCAAGCAUUCAGAAUAUUCUUGAAUACUGUGAUGAGUUUGUGCCGGGGGACCCUCCAGAAUACUUCUUUGAUAAGAAUCCUGAAAAUUUUGAUGCAAUUCUAGAGAUGCAUAGAAGUGGAUAUUUUCAUGUUUCUGGAACAGGAUGCGCACUAGUAUUACAACGAGAUCUAGAGUACUGGGUAAUAGACGAGUUAAUAAUGGAACCCUGCUGUGCUCUGAAAUUCUAUCCCCAAAUAGAAGUUUGCCAAAAUGAGAAAGAAGGAGAUAUUGCCGCUAAGAAGAAAGAAUUGGAACUAGCUGAUGAAGAAGAUUUUGGAAGUGAUUGUUUUGGAAAAUGGAGAUCUUGGCUUUGGAAUACAAUGGAGUACCCUUGGACAUCACAAGCUGCAAGAUUUAUGGCCUUUUUCUCGUUAACCAUGGUGGUAAUCUCAACCUGUACAUUCGUCAUCUCCACCAUAGACGAGCUGCAGGAGAACGACAAGGGUGAAUUUGAGUACCCCGUGAUAAUUCAGACAAUAGAUGUGAUUGAUAAUUUCUCCAUAGCAUUCUUUACUGUUGAAUACUUGGUACGCCUUUGCGCCAGCCCCCGCAAAUUUAAAUUCAUAAAGGGUCCAAUGAAUUUAAUCGAUCUUUUUGCAAUCAUCCCCUUCUAUCUAUCAAUCCUUCUGGAGGGACUAGAAGACUUUGAGAUCAUCGGGAAAGCUGGAAAGAUCGUUCGAUUAGUCAAGGUUAUGAGAAUUCUACGAAUUUAUAAACUAGUUCGACACUUUGCUGGUCUCCAGUCACUCUUCUAUACUCUACAACAAGCAUAUAAAGAACUGGGUCUUCUAUUUUUACUGGUUGUUGUUGCUAUCCUUACAUUUUCUAGCUUAGUUUACUUUGCUGAAAAGAAUUCCACUACAGAAACAUCAGUUAUAAUCGUGUAUCACCCUUAUUUAUCCGGUAAUAACCACACAUGGACCUUUGUGGAGUCAUUUUGGUGGGGGCUAAUGACCCUCACAACCGUGGGUUAUGAUCUUAACCCGGAAACUUUACUCGGGAAAAUGAUAGGUGGAUUCUGUGCCCUAUCCGGAGUAUUCAUCCUAACUCUUCCUAUUCCUAUAGUUGUAAACAGCUUUGCACAGUACUAUAAAAACAGAAUGUGGCGGAAUGAGGUGGCAAUGAGGAAAAGAGAAAGAACUCGGCAGCAAGCAGUUGAACUCAGGCAGAUGCAGAAGCUCUUUCUUCUCAAGGCAAUGGCCUCGCCAGGGGCUGUACAGGCUGAGCAGCCUGACUUGUCAGCUGAUGGAAGAAAGCCAGGAGAGACAAGAAUGAAGACCACGUGCAAACUUUCUAGAAUAUUGUAAAACCGGUUAUAACAAACAACGUGCAAUUUUUCUAGAAUACUGUAAACCCGGUUUAUAAAACCACAUGCAAAAUUUCAAAAUAAUUAAAACUAUUUCGAGUUUUAAGCAAUUAAACAUAUCCUCAUAAGCAUAACUAGACUUGGCGCAAAGUGUUUAAGAACGUGAAAAAGUGAAAAUACUACAGCCCAAUAGAAACCCCAAUUUAAAUAUAAGUUUAAAAUUCCUUUAAGUUAAAAAAAAGAAAUGGGACAGAGUAUACUUGACUGGUACUUUGAGCCCUGAAUCAAAAAACGGUUCCAUAUUUCUUGACAACAUAAUUAAUUGCAUAGUACAAAAAUAGCAACAGUAUCCCAUAGUGUUAAUGUGAUUUAUAAAUAUAUAGAUAUCAGCACAAUAUUGAUAAAUUGAUUAAUAAAAAUAUUCCCACCUUAUAUUGUCACUGUAAAAGCAAUGCAUAAAGGGAGUGACCGGCAAUGUAUGGUAGUUGAACUGAGAAUACUACUGAGUAAACUACAAUAUUUAUUACUAUAUCAUACAUUUUUACGGUGCAUAUUUGUUCAGCAAGAACGCAAAUUCAAUCUUUAAAACCUUUAUAGGUUGUCCAUUUUAGAGGGAUGAUUUGGAGAAUCGGGUUUUUAAUAAUUAUUCAGUAACAACGACGAGAAAUGUAACAAAACUUCUACAGUAAACUACUUAGUUGUUUAGAAAACAAAAUUAACUAUAAUUGGGUUAUUAUUGGUUUUAUGAUGUCUCAUUGUUCUUAAACAUUUUCUGUAGAGUUCCUGGGAUUUUUCAUUGAAAAGACGACAUUUG